AUGUCUUUGGCCGAUAAAAGACUUGAAAACCUACAAAUCUACAAAGUCCUCCAGUGUGUCCGUCAGAAGGACAAGAAGCAGAUUGAAAAGCUCACCAGACUUGGAUACCCUGAACUCAUCAACUUCACCGAGCCUGUCAAUGGAGAUAGCGCCCUUCACUUGGCUUGCGUCGCCAACGACAUUGACAUGUGCCACUUCCUCUUGGAGCUCGGCGCUCAUCCGGACGUCCAGGAUCGAAUGGGGCGCACCCCAGCGAUGAAAGCUGCCGAACUCGGCCACGACUUGGCAUUGGAUGUGUUGGUGCAGGCGGAGGCGGAUAUGACGAUAGUUGACGAGGAAGGAAAAGGUAUUUUGUUCUAUUGCAUUUUGCCCACCAAGCGGCACUUCCGCUGUGUUCAAAUGGUCCUGGAGUAUGGGGCGGAUGUGAAUAACGUGACGUUUGACGGGAAGCCGGUUUUCUUGCAAGCCUGUGAGCAAGCUCACGAGAUCAAGGAUAUGUGCAUGAACUUCUUGGAUAGAGGAGCGAACCCCAAUUCGGUGAACCUCGCAACGGGACGCUCUGCCCUGAUGGAAGCAUCGAGAGAAGGUGUUUUGGAAAUAGUCCGUGGCAUCCUCGAGAGAGGCGGUGAUGUUAAUAUUUUUGACAAUGAAAGACACCACGCGGCACAUUUUGCAGCUAAAGGAGGUUUUUUUGAGAUCCUGAAGAUUAUUUCGGCUUAUGACGGAGACGUGGGCCUCAUCGCCAUGAAUGGAAACACCCCCCUUCACUAUGCCGCUGCGGGGGGUUUUACCGAAUGUUGCAAAUUUAUAGGUCAAAGAGGCUGUGAUCCAACAUGGAGGAAUUUGGAGAAAAAGACGCCCAGAGCUGUUGCGAAAGACGCUGGAUUUAAAGCAGCAGCCAAGGAAAUUCGUAAAAUCGAACGGCGCUUUGCCAAGUAUUCCAAGCCCAAGCCGGGAGUCAAGAACCCGAACCCACCCUGGGCAGUCAGGCUGCAUGACUGGUCAGUGGAACAUCAGGAAACCCUUCGAGAGGUCUUCGAGGCUGUAGACAGAGGUGACGGAACAGUAUCCAAAGAGGAUUUUAUUGCUGUCAUUGAGGAGCGGUGUCCCUUUGCGAAUACCGAACAACUCCCCACAAUUGCUCAGGCUCACGAGAAGACACGCACUGGGGGAGUGAACAUCGAGGAAUUUUUGAGGGGCAAUCGGUACUUGCAGAAGGCUUUCCUCCUUUCAUCUUACGGUCCCAAAAAGAAGAAAGGCAAGAAGGCGAAAGGCAAGAAGGGCAAGUUUGUCAUCCCAUUACCAAUCUGUGUCAUCCCAGAGGAGUCCCGGCCACGGCGCCCUGAUGGCGGGCCUCCGGAUUACAUGGUACAGACCUAUCAGAAUGUUACCGACUGCAACCGCUUCAAUCGCGAUCAUCCGCCCGAGCAUCCUAUGCAGGACGAUUCCUGGUGGUACAUCGAGGACCCGAUGCAAAACUUUUCGAACAUCAACUACCUCACUAAAGCUGGGGACCUGUCUUCCUUAAAGAAGGCUUUUGAGUUAGGGGUGCCUGUGGAUGUGAGGGACCAUUUCUUCAAAACGCCUCUGAUGGCAGCCUGUGCAAUUGGUAAUAUGGAAGCUGUGCAAUUCCUUUUAGAAAAAGGGGCUAGUGUGAACGCAACAGACAAUUUCAUGUGGACCCCUCUCCACCACGCUUGCCAUGCUGGUCAACAGGACAUUGCUGAACUCCUUGUGAAUUCUGGAGCAAAUAUAGAUGCUUUUACAAUCAACGAUGGCACCCCAUUAAUGAGAGGCAUUGAGAGCUCCCGAUUGGACACGGUGCAGUAUUUGAUCAACGGUGGAGCUAAAGUUCAGAUGACAAACAGAAGAGGUCAGAAUGCACUGGACAUAGCCAGGGCAUAUGCUGACAACCGUUUAAUCCACUUGGUGCAAGACACGCUGGACCGCUUGCCCAAGCCACCUGAAAACAAAGCGGAUAAACAGAAAGGGAAGAAAGGUGCCAAACCCAAAGCCUCCAGACCCAAGCUCACGGAGUCUACUGCGAAAGAACCAGGGAAAGAAGAGGUUAAGGCCCUGCCACAACUUGAAGCUGUCAUUGAGAAAUCUCUCUUUGAAGAGAAGGAGGAGUCUCUCAGGGAUAACGUCGUCCAUCUGAAUUCGCUAAUAACUAGAGGAGCUACAAGGAAAGUCAAUAUCACUUUUACGCCAAAGCGAACAUGGAGUCCCGAAGCAACCACCGAAGAUCUCCUAAGGAAGAGAGAGCUGCGCCGUCAGCGUUUUACUUACGAGGUGGACUUUGACGACUUCAUGAUGCCGUUUAAGAGGAAUUUCAUGGAGAAAGCCCGUAACUUAAACCAGGCGUUGGCCUUGCGCUAG